UCACUGUGAAGAGUGAAGAUGAUGAAGAGGAAGCUCAGUGCUCACAGCUUCAUCAGAGCCAAACUGAGGAGAACAGAGAGGCAGAGCCUCCAGCCAGCAGCUCCACUGAACAGAUGAAAACAGAAGCUGAUGGAGAGGAACCAGCCAGGAACUCAGAUCCAGCUGCUGAUUUCCAAGCAACUAGUGAGGGCCAGCUCCUCUCUUCACACUCUUCUGAAGCUGAGACUGAUGACAGUGAUGACUGGGAGGAGAGCAGAGAGCCUCAGUCAGGUUCAAACCCACAGAGUGAACUCCUUUUCAGUGAUGAUGGAUCUGAUGAUGCAGAGAAACCAUCUUCCUGCUCUGUGAGCAAGAACACAGGAGAGAAACUGUGGAGUUGCUCUCUUUGUGGUAAAAGCUUUAAACACAAAGGAACCUUUAACACACACAUGAGAAUUCACACAGGAGAGAAACCGUUUAGCUGCUCAGUGUGCGGUAAAGGUUUUACACAGAAACAAACCUUUAUCACACACAUGAGAACUCAUACUGGGGAGAAACCAUUUCACUGUUCAGUUUGUGGUAAAAGUUAUGCACAAAAACAACACUUUAUUACCCACAUGCGAGUCCACACAGGAGAGAAACCUUUCAGCUGUUCAGUCUGUGGUAAAGGUUUCUCCCAGAAACAGCAUCUUAAUCCACACAUGCGAAUUCACACAGGCGAGAAACCGUUUAGCUGCUCAGUUUGUGGUAAAGGUUUUACUCAGAAACAAAACUUCCUCACACACAUGAGAGUCCACACUGGAGAGAAACCCUUCAGCUGCUCAGUUUGUGGUAAAGGUUUUACACAGAAACAAAAUUUCCUCACACACAUGAAAGUCCAUACAGGAGAGAAACCAUUCAGCUGCACAGUUUGUGGUAAAAGUUUUGCAAAUAAACAUCACUUCAAUACACACAUGAAAAUCCAUACAGGAGAGAAAUAGUUGAGCUGCUCAGUCUGUGGUAAACCUUAAAACACAUGUGAAUGCACACGAGAGAAACCAGGUAGCCGCUCAGUCUUUGGCAAAGCUUCAACAGUGAGAAAUUACCCCAACACACGGUGACCCACGCAGAACAGAAACCAUAUGUCUGCUCAUUUUGUGGUUAAGCUUUUAGGGCUUUAUGUUAAUGAUCCAAGUUCGUAGUCUGAAGAGCAAAUGAAUUCAAGGCGUGUCCAAGUCACUGCUGCUGUUUUAACAGUGGAAAAAAGGCUGAGCUCCUAUAAUUAUAGUUAAAUUAACUUUUUACUUGUAUGAGAGCAUACACCACUGUUUCUCUGAAUUAAUAUAUUUUACUGUAUUUUCUAUUUUGCACUUGUAAUUUACUUUUGCUGAUCUUUUCAGUAAUAUUUGAUAGACUUCAUUGUUCACAUGGACAAACUUGUGACUGAACCACAAUUUUUCAUAAUCUGUUACUACAAAAAAUAUAACCAUCAUUCAUCUUGUUUCUUUUUGUCUUAUUGGACUCCUUCAUUCUGUCAGAUAUACUGACUUGUACUUGGUGCUCAUUAAAUUGAACUGAAAGCUGAA